CUGCCGUGUGCCGGACAUUCUUCGGGUGCCGAACGGUACAAGGAAAAACCCCAAAUAAACCGGAGCAGCAGUUUUUUUCUUUGUUGUUAGCCACGUGAGUUGCAACGCACUCGGUGGAAUCUGUGCUUGGAAGUGGAAGGUAAAGAAAGAUCCCCAAAAUGCCGUACGGGGCAAUAGCCUCGGUGAAGAUACCGUUCGGGUUAUGGCUUGUGGUGCUGAUUGGUGGUGUGCUGUGGUGUGGCGGCAAUGCCCAGAACUAUAACGCACCCUCGAAGGCCGUCAGUGAACAGUUGGUUGCCGCAAUUAACGAUCUGGCACGGAAGCUCGGACAGCAGCUCGGUGCGUCCGGUGGUAACAGCAGCAAGACGGAACUGUUCUCACCGGUCAGUAUCGGCAGCAUGAUGUUCUUGCUGUUGCGCGCAGCGAAUCGUGACACACGGUACGAGCUGCUCGGUAUACUGCAGCUCGAACAGUUUCGUGAGGCUGGUAAUGGCCGCAUACCGAGAAACUUCGCCCGUUUGCUGAAGGAGUUCACGCACGACAUCGCGGGAAAGGGAAUACUGGAGGAGUUACCGGAGUGGCAUUCGUCUAGCAGCUGCUAUCCGCGGAUGGAAGGUUUCGAUUAUGAGGAUGAUGAUGAUGAUGAUGAUAAGUACCUUGAUGAGCCGAUUCAGCCCAACGUGGUGCAGCUUGCCAAUGGAAUAUUUCUUCAGAACGGGCUGAUGAAUAGUACCAACUUUGUCCAACUUGCCAAAGAGCUCUAUCAGGCUCAGAUCGAGCAGGUCAACUUCAAGGAGCAACCACAGAUAGCCCGCGCCACCAUCAACCACUGGGUGAACGAAAGUACCCGCGGGCGCAUCGAGGAGAUACUGUCGGACGAUCUGGACACCAGCACGCAGAUGGUCAUUGCCAAUGCGCUGUACUUCAAGGGCACCUGGGAAACGUUCUUCAACGAGCCACAGUUCACCCGCAACCAGCCGUUCUUUCCCGAUGGUGAGGAUCAACCAGCCGUAAUGGUGCCCACGAUGUUUGCCAGCGGUUGCUUCCCGUACUACGCCUCACCUGAGCUGAACGCACGAAUUAUGGCCUUUCCGUACCGUAACCGUACCACGUCCAUGUACAUCAUCCUCCCGAACGAAUCGAACCGUGCCAAGGUUCGGCAGCUACAGGCAAAGCUCAGUUCUGACGCGCUCGAUCAACUGAUCGGGCGCAUGCAGUUGAAGAAAGCGAUCGUACAGUUCCCACGGAUGCACGUCACCAACACGUACGAUUUGAAACGAGCGCUGCAGCAGCUAGGUCUACGAGCACUGUUCGAUCGUACGAAGAAUAAUCUGAAAAUAACGGCCUCGAACAGGCGCAGCGGUACGGGAGGUCAGUCGAGAAAGCUGUACGUCAGCGAGAUGGUGCACAAGAUCGAUCUUGACGUUAACGAGCGAGGCACGGAAGGUGGCGCGGUUACGAUCACCGCCAUGGAACGAUCCCUACCACCGGUGAACUUUCGCGCGAGGGGACCGUUUAUACUUGCCAUACGCCACGAUCCAACGAAGAUGUUACUGUUCUAUGGUGCUGUGUUUGAUCCUUCGUAAAUAUGCGAAAAACCAGUCCCACCGCUACCCAUCCCAAAAUGCACUCUUGCCUUAGUUAGUACAUCCGUUCUUGGGAUCGUUAUAUUCUCUGAGAGAACAUGCAUCCAUGCUUUCUCAACCAGCUGUCUAUAGUAUGAUAAGUAAGGCAAUAUAGGAAAGAUAAAUGCUUGAUGUACUGUGGCGUCUGCUCUAUGAACCACAAUGUUCUUUGGGGCUGGAUAAAAGCAUCGGAAUGACCUACA